AUGUCAGCCCUCCCCGGUGAAUACUGGCUCAUUUCCGCGCCAGGAGAAAAAGGAGCCAAUGGUGCUUGGGACAAGCUCAACCGUGCCACCGCCAACCUCUCAGUCAACUCUAAGUUCUCUAUUCCUGACUUGAAGGUCGGAACAUUAGAUCAACUUGUCGGAUUGUCUGAUGAUUUGAGCAAGCUUGACACUGCUGCCGAAGCUACCGUCAGAAAACUCGUUCAAUACUUCGGAGAUGUUCUUGAAGAUGACAAAAGCAAAUUGGCUGAAAACCUUCUGAUUGGAAACAAGGACAUGAAGAGCUACGUUACCAAGUUCCAAUGGGAAGGAGCUAAAUAUCCUUUGAAACAAUCUUUGAAAGUUCUCUCUGAAAUCAUUGGAAAGCAAAUCACCCAAAUUGAUAACGAUUUGAAGUCUAAGUCUUUGGCUUAUAACAACUUGAAGAACAAUUUGAAUCAAAUUGACAGAAAGGCCACUGGAUCUCUAGUAACAAGAGAUCUUGCUGACAUUGUCAAGGCUGAAGACUUCGUUCUUAAUUCGGAAUAUUUGCAAACCUUGGUUGUUGUUGUUCCAAGAGUAAAUUCUAAGGACUGGGAAACCAAAUACGGAAGUUUCACCAACAUGGUUGUUCCUGGAUCCAGCCGCUUGCUUUUCGAGGAAGGAGAGCACAUCUUGUAUUCUGUUACCUUGUUCAGAAAAGUAAUCGAUGAGUUCAAACAAGUCGCUAGGGAGAAUAAGUUCAUCGUUCGAGACUUCGUUUACGACGAAGAAUCUCUCAAAUUGGGCAAGAGCGAGAGAGAUAAGCUUGUUGCUGAGAAGCAACGUCAGUAUGCUCCUCUUAUCAGGUGGCUAAAGAUCAAUUUUGGUGAAAUUUUCGCUGCUUACAUCCACGUUAAGGCGUUGAGAGUAUUCGUCGAAUCUGUCCUUAGGUACGGACUUCCAGUCAAUUUCCAAGCUGCUGUUGUCGAGCCAGCAAAGGGAAGCCAAAAGAAACUCCGAACUGAGCUCAACAAACUCUACAUUCACUUAGAUGGAUCCGCCGCCGGACCCAUUGACACCUUCGAAGAUUCCCCUGCCUUGAUGUCACUUGGCGUUAACGAGUACUAUCCUUACGUUUUCUUCAAGCUUAAUAUUGACUUCUUGGAUAAGAAGUAA